CGUUUAGAACGCUCUCAGUGCGCGUGAGUGUGUUUUGAACGGAGGGAGGCGGGUCUUCGAUCAGCUGAGGCUCGUCACACUCAUAUCACUCUCGUAUCAUAUUUAGAGUUAUUCGUGUCUGUGUAUGUCGGAGCGAUGUUUCACUGUCGGAGGAACGCUUCUGGAGCGGCUUUAUUACUGCAGCGUCUGCAAGUAACGUUACCUGACGCGAGCCGCUCAUUGCGUAACGACCGCUGCUCUCGUGUUUACCGGAGAUUAACGGCAAGCAAAGCCGUUCUAUUCCGUUCCCGUUUGUACGAGACGACUCCGUUCGGUUCGCAGCCGGAUCUCGUUGUUCACGCGCGAAUGGCGGCGUUCGCUUUGAACGCUGCCGCGCCGCGGCGCGAAUACAGCGACGCGAGGACCGGCGAUCGGAACGUUCUUAAACUCAGUGAACUCGAAUCGUUCCUAUCCGUUCGUUCUUCAGCUCCUGUCGCGAUCCAAUCCAGACGAUCAUCCACGACGCCCGAAAAAACGCAGGACGAACGCGCCGCUAACAUUACGCAAACGCAGGAUCAGGUGUCGUCUGUGUCCGGCGCUGAAGGUCAGAGGUCGGAUGUGGAGCCCAGUAAGACGCAGCAGCUCAGGAAGGUGUUUAAGGAGUACGGCGCCGUCGGCGUCUCCUUCCACAUCGGAAUCUCGCUCAUUUCUCUGGGAAUGUUCUACCUUGCUGUAUCCAGCGGGUUGGACAUGACGGCUCUGCUGUGUAAGCUGGGUUUCAGUGAGUCUGUGGUUCAGUCUCGGAUGGCCGCUGGCACCAGCACGUUUGUGUUAGCGUACGCCGUGCACAAGCUCUUCGCUCCGCUGCGGAUCAGCAUCACGCUGGUGUGUGUGCCGCUGAUCGUCAGACACCUCAGGAAGACUGGACUCUUCAGAGCCGGUCCAAACCGACCAUAAGCUCCUCUACUCACACUCAACUCAUGACACUAACUCCUCCAGUGCUUUUCUAGAGCGGGCAGUACCUCAGACGGACAGAAGUCGAAUGUGAACGCUGUGAUGCUUCGGGUGGUUCUCCGAUCAGGACUUUCAUGAUUGUUUGUUAGUUUUAAGCUCUACAGUCACAGUUACGUGAAGUCUGCUGACAGUGAUUUUAUCAGCUGUGAUUUUUCUAAAUCGAAGCGUUAAUGAAGAUGUAAUCUGCUGGUGUGUCUUAUUCUAAGACAGUUGAAUUGAUUUAGUUCACACUAAUGUUCAUCGCUUCUAUCAGACGGGCUUUUUUGGGAGAUUUCAGGACAAUUUUGAACUUUGACUGUUAAUUAUAUUGAAAAUCUCAUUGUGUGAUUAUUAUUGAAAAGUCAAUGUUAUAUUUGGCUGUUCAGUUAUAUAAUAAAAUGUUUGCCCUAUAA